AUGAAUAAACUCCCCAAAGUUCAGACAAAAUGAAUCAAGAAGGAAGUCCUCUGGGACUAUUUUAAAGGGAUCUGUCAAGAGAAUUCUCAUAAAAUAGAGAGAAUUUUUGAUAUUUCGGACCUUAAAUCCCUUGCUUUUAUUCUUAAGUUCAGCAGUGAUGCUGGGAUUAAAGAAAUCCCAUAUUACAACAAAUUACUUAAACAUAUCGAGUCUGAAUUUGAUAUCUUUGGGGCAUAUGCUCUUAGCUAUAUUUUGCCAACAAACCAGGAGUCAUUCAACUCGCAGAAUCAAGUAGCAAUGUUCUUCAAUAAAAAUCCAGAUGUUCUGCAGAAAUAACAUGGAAUUUUUCACUUGAUUAUAUGAUACUUUCUUCAAAUUUAGAUUUAUGUUUACAAAGGGGCAGUUGGAAUACAUAAAAUCUGCGUUUGAAGAUAUCCCAAGCAUCUCUUUGAGACAUCGAAUAAAGGGAUAUGAGGACCUACAGCUCAAAUCUUUCAACAGUUUGCUAAAAGAGUGCUCUCACAGUGAAGCCAGAGCCACUGCUAAUACCGAAUUGGAUAUUGAUCUUCCUAAGUCUUACAAUAUUGAUUAUGACUUUCAGAGCAAACUAGUAAUGAUCAAGAAUGAAGCGACUAAUCGGACUAUUAUUAUCCAUUCUUCACAAAACUUCACUGAAGAGAGUGUCAAUUUUGGAAAGAAAUUAAUAGAUGCGUUCUCUCCAGAAGUGCUGUUUUGUGAGUUACCUCCUAAACUAAUUGAGAUCGAGCAAAGAGAUAUCAAGAAUAACACUGCUGAGCAGAGUAUCUCUCUUGACGACCUAGAUUUGUUCUUGGAAUCUCCCUCAACAUCAAAGCGCCAGGGUAUGCACAGUGACCCACGGUUGGCAUCUGAGGGAUCAAACCUACAGGGUGGAAGGAUACUCAAGACAUUAGAAAUACUCCAAGGCGAAGCUUUACAACACCACUUUGAAAAUACCAUCCUUGACUCCUUAUCAGAGAUCAAUGAUGAAGAAGAAACUGUCAAUUUAAAAAUAAGCGAAGACCAAUACCCUCUUGACAUGGAAACUUUUGUCUACUAUUUUGCUAAAAAAUUCCAAGGGGAAGUUGUAUUCUCAGAUCUUCAUGAAGAUGAGCAAGCGCAUAAUUUUAUAUCGUCAACUCUUGAUAAGAAGAGACAUCAGAUCAAACAUUUUAUCAAAUGGACUACCACCUUAUCAACAGCUUCUUGGUACCUCAAUGUUGUGAAUUCUGGAUGCCAUAAAUGCAAUGUCUUCUUUAAUAAAGGGAAUCUUCCGCAAAAUCCUAUUCCAAUAACUGCUUUGACAAGUCAGAAAUUUAUGAGCAAUGAGCUUCGAGAGAAGCUAAUGGCAUUCCAAAUUUGUAAAUUCAUGCAAGAUCCUAAAUAUAACAAGACAUCCCAGGAAGAUAAGACUCAUUUGUUGGCUUUUGUUCGAGAUCUAAAUUACCUGAAAGUAGCAAAAUACACUUCUAAUUUCCUUAGCAAUCCCGCAGCCAUAGAGGAAUUCCAACAGGAAUUCAUUGAAAAGUAUAGAUGUGACAACCCAUCUUCGUCGGUUUGGAAUGACUCAAAUAUUUUUGACAGCAGUUAUAGGCAAUCAAUGGUCAAGAAAUGGGCGCUAUAUAAUUCACUUAUACAAUCUCCAGAAAAUUCAACGCCUUAUUUCAAAAUUACUGAGCUAGAUAAGCUAAAUACAGAGAUUUAUCUCCUAAAAGCAUUUAAGAAGCAGAAUUUAGCUGAACAUCUGACUGACAUUAGGAAAGCAGAAGUGUUCCUACAGGAAGAAGAUUUAGAAAAGGACUUAAUCUCUGAAAUGACGGCAGUCAAAAAUCCUCAAAAUGACUACCAAUUUGCUCAAAAUGAAUUCUUGAAGGAGAAAUAUAAUAAAGACGGAGGAGUCGCAUCUUGUCCUUCUCUCUCAUAUCUUCAGAGUAAAGUGAACACUCAGGUUUCUAAAGAACAAGCAUUCAAAGAAGCAGGAGAUUGAUUGGCGCAACUAGGAGACCAGAGAGAUGAGUUCGAUCCUGUGAUCCUCGAUUAUGAGUCGGAUCCUGAAUAUUAAUUCAAAAGAA